UCUCCCUCCCUCUCUCCCUCCUUCUCUCACUCGCUGUCUCCUGCUGGACUUUAGACUGGUGCUGUUAAAAGAGGUAUAAACAGGGUGGUAGCAGUGGAGCCGAGUGGGGGACAUGCUGCGUCAUCGUGAUACUGGCGAACGGAAGGAGCUCGUCAUGACAUUAUGCCGUUAAUCGUGACUGAAGAGACCUCCGCUAUAAGGCAGCGUGGCCCCUUCGGCUCCUGAUCGCCCCCCUUCUGGACUCCUGGCCCGGCCUCCCCAUGUCGGCAGUGCUGGAUCGCUACUGUGGCUCUGUGUUCUGGAACUCCUCCUUCCUGGAGCGCCCAGACCCGGACUUGCCUGUGUGUUUGGAGCAGACUGUCCUGGUCUGGCUCCCCCUGGGUUUCCUGUGGCUCAGUGCCCCCUGGCACCUCGCCAGGCUCUUCAGAGGAGCCGCCCCCUCACCGGGCUUUUCUUGGCUCUACAUCUGCAAGCAGGGUCUGGUUGCCCUCUUGUUCCUGACGGCUGUUGCUGGCCUCGCUGUCACUCUGGGGGAGGAUUAUGGGCCUUUGAGUGACAGAGAGAGUGAGGGGCUCCGGUCCCCCGUGUUCUACACCAACCCCGUCCUGUUUGCCACCUCAUGGUUACUGGUGCUGCUGUCUCAGGAGGGGGUGCGCAGGACAGCCGAUGCCGUUGACUCAGGGGCGCUCUUCCUCUUCUGGGUCCUGCUGGUGCUCUCCGGAGUCUUCCCCUUCCAGACGCUUCUACGCCAAGCGCUAGCACAGGGCGGGGUACCGGACCUGCCACGCUUCUGCCUGUUCUAUGUGUCCUAUGGUCUGCAACUGGUGGCGCUCGUGUUGUCUGCCCUCCCAGACGUUCCACAGACACCCACUGGCAUGGAGAAGAAGAGCCCCGAGGCCUCCGCUUCUUUCCUGAGCCGAAUCACGUUUCACUGGUUUAACAGCAUGGUGGUGACGGGCUUCAAACGACCGCUGGUGCAGGAUGACCUGUGGGAGCUCAGCGAGAAAGCUUCCACUCAGAGCAUCUGCCGAACGUUCGAAGCGCAUAUGCAGCAGCAGCUGCACAGAGCGAGGGCCACUCUGCGCAUGCGGCAGGGGAAAGCGCUCAGGAAAAGGGCUCAGGGAAGCGGCAUGGCCAAUGGCGUGAGCCAGGAUGUGCUGGUCAUGGAGGAGAAGGGUCCAGAUACGAGCAAAGGCAAAGAGAAAACCGGCCGAGACAGCGUGGAUGACAAGGACUACCCUCGCUCAUGGCUCUUGCUGUCCCUGGCCAAAACUUUCUGGAGGGUCCUCAUCGAAUCAGCUGCAUUCAAGCUGCUCCAGGAUCUGCUGUCCUUCCUGAGCCCCCAGCUGCUGAAGCUGAUGAUCUCCUUCAGUCAGGACUCCUUGAUCUACACGUGGUGGGGCUAUCUCUACGCAGUGCUGCUGGUGCUGGUUGCCAUGCUGCAGUCACUCUUUCUGCAGCAGUACUUCCAGCGCUGCUUCCUGCUCGGCAUGCAAGUGCGCACCGCCAUCAUGGCUGCUGUCUACAGGAAGGCCCUGGUGGUGUCUAAUGACACACGGAAGGAGUCCACCGUGGGGGAGACCGUCAACCUGAUGUCGGCCGAUGCUCAGCGCUUCAACGAAGUCACCAACUUCAUCCACCUGCUGUGGUCGUGCCCGCUGCAGAUCGCCCUGUCCAUCACCUUCCUCUGGCUGGAGCUGGGGCCCGCCGUACUGGCCGGCCUGGCCGUCAUGGUGCUCAUGGUGCCCAUCAAUGGCUUCCUGGCCACCAAGAGCCGUGGCUUCCAGGUGGAGAAUAUGAAGUUCAAGGACAAGCGCCUAAAAAUUAUGAAUGAAAUCCUGAAUGGCAUUAAGGUUCUCAAGCUGUAUGCUUGGGAGGCAUCAUUCCAGGCCCAGAUCCAGGGCAUCAGGAACCAGGAGCUGUCUGUUCUGAAGAAGUUCUCGUACCUAUCCUCCGUCUCAGUGUUCAUAUUUGCAUGUGCUCCUGCGCUGGUAUCACUGGCUACGUUCGCAGUGUUUGUGUCGGUCAGCCCUGACAAUGUUCUGGAUGCCCAGAAAGCCUUCACAGCCAUCUCUCUGUUCAACAUCCUGCGCUUCCCCCUGGCCAUGCUGCCUUCGCUCAUCUCAGCCAUGGUGCAGGCAGCAGUGUCCAACAGGCGCCUGGAGAAGUUCCUGGGGGGAGACGACCUGGACUCCAGUGCGAUACACCAUGACAACAGCUUCAAAAGCGCUGUGAGUGUGUGUGGAGCCACGAUGACCUGGGAGAAGGACACCCAGCCCAUUCUGAGCGAUGUGUCUCUGGACAUUCUGCCCGGUCGCUUGGUGGCUGUGGUUGGUGCUGUGGGUGCUGGCAAGUCAUCGCUGGUGUCGGCCAUCCUGGGAGAGAUGCAUGCCAUCAAGGGUCACAUCAAUAUCCUGGGCUCCCUGGCCUACGUGCCCCAGCAGGCCUGGAUCCAAAACGCCACACUUAAGGACAACAUUUUGUUCGGAUCCCAAAUGGAAGACAAGCGCUACCAGAAGGUGCUGGAAGCUUGUGCUCUGGGACCUGACCUGGAGCUUCUGCCUGGUAGAGACAUGACUGAGAUAGGAGAGAAGGGCAUUAAUCUGAGCGGUGGCCAAAAGCAAAGGGUAAGUCUGGCCAGAGCGGCCUACAGCCAGGCUGACGUCUACCUGCUGGACGACCCCCUGUCUGCUGUGGAUGCCCACGUGGGGAAGCACCUCUUCGAGAAGGUGGUAGGACCACGAGGUCUGCUGAAGGACAAGACCCGCAUCCUGGUGACACACGGCAUUGGCUUCCUGCCCUACGUGGAUGAGAUAGUGGUUCUGGUGGACGGCAGGGUUUCUGAGGUGGGGUCCUACCAAAGCCUGCAGGCCAGCGGGGGGGCUUUCUCCGAGUUCCUGAACACCUAUGCCAAGGAGAGCAACAGUAGUCAGCAGGAUGCUGACCCAGGCACGCCUGUGGACACGCUGCCGGAGUCCCUGGACACAGAGGCAGACUGUCCGGCGGAGGACGUGGUCUCCGUGACACUGAAGAGAGAGUGCAGCAUGCGGCGGAGCCAGCAGCACGGCAGCGUCAAGAUCAGGACCCGCAACUCAGUGAAGGAGCAUCAGAAGCUGCCGGAAGCCAGAGCAGGCCAACGGCUUAUAGAGAAUGAGGCCAUGGAGACAGGCCAGGUGAAGUUCUCCAUCUACCUGCUGUACCUGCGUUCCGUGGGCUGGUGCUACUCCACUCUGGUGCUGCUGGCCUUCUUCAUGCAGAAUCUGGCCUUUAUUGGUCAGAAUCUGUGGCUCAGUGACUGGACCAAUGACGCCGUGAAGUAUUACAAUGCCACCUACCCGGCUUCUGUCCGAGACAUGAGAGUGGGCGUCUUUGGGGCCCUUGGUGUGACACAAGGUUUGCUGCUCUUUGUGGGGACCCUGUUGAUGGCUAACGGCUGCAUCUCCGCCUCACGCAUCCUGCACAGCCGCUUGCUGACCAACGUGCUGCGACUGCCCAUGGCCUUUUUCGACACCACACCCUCGGGCCGGAUUGUUAACCGCUUUGCCAAGGACAUUUUCACAGUGGACGAGGCAAUCCCCAUGUCUUUCCGAUCAUGGCUGCUGUGUCUGAUGGGGGUGAUCGGCACCCUAUUGGUCAUCUGCGUUGCCACGCCCAUCUUCAUCGCAGUAAUUGUCCCAUUGGCUGUGAUCUACUACUUUGUGCAAAAGCUCUAUGUCGCCACCUCUAGACAGCUGAGGCGCUUAGACUCCGUGUCCCGAUCGCCCAUCUAUUCUCAUUUCGGAGAGACGGUGGCGGGUCUGUCCGUUAUCCGGGCCUAUGGCCACCAGGAGCGCUUCCUCAGGCACAACAGGCGCACCAUCGAUGAGAACCACAAGAGCGUGUACGCCUGGAUCGUCUCCAACAGGUGGUUGGCCAUCCGCCUGGAGUCCUUGGGCAACUUGGUGGUGUUUUUCUCAGCACUCUUUGUGGUGAUAUCCCGAGACAGCUUGGACAGUGGCUUGGUGGGACUAUCCAUCUCCUACGCACUCAAUGUUACACAGACACUGAACUGGCUGGUGAGGAUGACUUCCGAGCUGGAAACGAACAUAGUGGCCGUGGAGCGAGUGAGCGAGUACACGCAGAUCGAGAACGAGGCACCAUGGGUCACAGACAUCCACCCCUCAGACUCGUGGCCCGAACCUGGGAGGAUCUACAUUGAAGACUAUAAAGUAAGGUACCGGCCGGAGCUGGAUCUGGUUUUACAAGGGAUCACGUGUGACAUCAGCGGCAAUGAAAAGAUCGGCAUUGUGGGCAGAACCGGAGCGGGGAAGUCCAGCCUCACAAACUGCCUGUUCCGUCUCAUCGAGGCCGCAGAUGGCCGCAUUCUCAUCGACGGUGUGGACAUCGCUAAGCUGGGCCUGCAUGACCUCAGGGGAAGACUCACCAUCAUCCCUCAGGACCCGGUGCUUUUCUCCGGGACGCUCAGGAUGAACCUGGAUCCCUUUGAGAGGUUCAGCGAUGAGGCAAUUUGGCAGGUACUGGAGCUGUCCCAUCUGAAAGAGUUUGUGGCGGGGCUACCGAACAGACUGAACCAUGAGAUCACAGAAGGAGGGGAAAACCUCAGCGUGGGCCAGAGACAGCUCCUGUGCCUGGCGAGAGCCCUGCUCAGAAAGUCUCGCAUCUUGAUUCUGGAUGAGGCUACAGCUGCCGUGGACCUUGAAACAGACACCCUCAUCCAGGCCACCAUCCGGCAGGAGUUCUCCCAUUGCACGGUGCUCACCAUUGCUCACCGCCUGCACACCAUCAUGGACAGCUCAAGGGUGAUGGUGCUGGAUGCUGGGAGAAUAGUGGAGUUUGACACCCCCGAUGCCCUCCUCCACAAGAAAGGGCAUUUCUACAGCAUGGCAAAGGAUGCCGGGAUCAGAACAGGGAUCAGUACAGCCUUGUAAGAGCUGGCUGAGCGCAGCUGGUCGCGAAGACAGACCCACGAUGGGCAAAAUUUGUACAGUUUCUCCAAAAAAAAACCCCUUUGGCUGUGUUUGGUAGAAAUUCCUCCAGAUUUCUUAAGAUUUUUGUGGAAGUAGCUUUUUGACACUGACAUUUGUACCUGUGUCCAGAUUAAUAAUCUGUUUUGUAAGACUAAAAAGAACUUUUAAAACUUUUAUCUGACUUUAAUAUAGUCACUUUUUGAGUUUUUGACGAUGGAUCUCAGGGGUUAAUGAAAAACAUGUGUUUGUUGCUUUAAUUUUUAAUUUUCUUACCCAACAUCAGGUAUGAGCUGUGCCUCAUUGUAUAAAUAAAAAAUAAAAACUCCCAUUAAAAGUGUAAA